AUGCAGCUCUUCGAGCCCAACGCCGAGUCGGCGGAGGAACAGCCUUUCGUUGAUGCAAUCCACAACUUAAACGUUGCAGCGGACGCCGGUGUGCAGUCAGCACUGGGCGUGCUGGCCAUGAUGGACUUGAUUGGGGUAGCGGACCCGGAGGAGCUGGAGGAUCCGAGCAUUGCUCCGCUGACGCAGCAGGAGCGACAAGCCCGUGGAGACCGCGCGCUCACGAGCUUGGCUGAUGCCAAUGAUUUUUUGGCGACGCUAGCCGUGGCGUACGGAACUCUGUCCGGCAGGCUUCCGAUGACAAAGAAGAACAGGAGAGCAGGGGCGAAGGCUGACUCGGAUGCAGUUUGUGAAGCAGCUCUCCCGUUAUUCCACAAGUGUGCGGAGGAAAACGUGCACAUUAUUGUCGAUGAAGGUGGAGAGCGUCCGGUUGAUGUCGUGCGGCUCUCGGAUGAGCUGCUGUUGCCCAGCGGAUUCUUGGACGAUUACGGCUUUGAUGGAGCUGGCGCAUUACAUGACGAGAACGCGGCGUUGCACGAGCUGGAAUACUACCGUGCCAUUGCGAACAACCCCAUGGACGAACAGUAUCCGCGAGCGAUGUAUCGACUUGGAGAGAUCUACUUCUUCGGCGACCCGGCAGCUCAUGUAGCGCCUAACCACGCACUUGCAGCUCAGUACUUUCGCCAGGCAGCAGAAGCUGGUGACGCGCUGGCACAAGCCAACUACGCCAUGCUGCUCGCGAACGGAAUGGGCGUGGACCGAGAUAUCCCUCAAGCCCUUGUUUUCUUUCACCGCGCAGCUCGGCAGAAUGAGGCGUUUGCCUUCCAUGGCCUGGGCGUGAUGUAUUUCACGGGCAACGGCGUGCCUCAGAACGUGACGCUUGCUCUGGAAUACUUUGAGAAAGCGAUUGCUCGGGGAUACGCUGAAUCGCACUCAUUCUUGGGCUCGGCAUACCUGCAUGGAGACGGUGGCGUUCCGAUUGAUCACGAGCUGGCCUUCUCGCAUUUCCAGGCGGCUGUGGACGGCACGGACGGCCAGUCGAGUCAGGCGCUGUUCAACUUGGGCGUCAUGCAUUUCCAGGGUAUUGGCACGCCACGUUCGUGCAGUACCGCCAUGCCGCUGUUCCGCUCCGUCGCGUUGCAUCCUGAUCUUUUAUCAGGCAUUCCGUUUUCGCUGGUCAAGGCAUACGAGUGCUACAAGAAGGGCGACUAUCUGCGCGCCUAUCUGCACUACCGGCUAGUUGCGGAGUUUGGAGAUGAAGACGCGCAGUGCAAUGCUGCCUUUUUGUUGGAGCACCACGGCGAGAGUAUCCUCAAGUGGCGCUGGCUUGGUCUUGCAAAAUCGGCUGGAGACUCCAGCAAUCCGCCUCUGCAUGAAGCUUUCGAGUUGUACUCGCAGGCAGCAGCGCUAAACGACUCGGAGGCUGUUCGCAAGACUGGCGCGUGCUUCCAUGAGCCUUGGGACGGUGUGUGUCAAAGCAACCACACCCGCGCCCUUGAGCGCUACCAAUUCGCUGCGCAACUAGGCGACGCGCAGGCUGGCUACAACUGUGGCUUGAUGCUGCUUAUUGGCGAUGGCGUCCCCCGGGACCUAGCAGCGGCUCGAGACUACUACGCCGAGUGCAGUGACGCUGUGUUCCCAGCCAACGUGCCUUGUGCGCUCGCGCUUGUGGGGCUUGACGUUCUGCAGGCUGUUGAAGCGGUAGUCCAGCGCGUCUGGGCAUCGUCAGACUAG